AUGUCUCAAUCUUUGGUAACGGGCUCCAAAGUCCUGCGGGCCGACUUUGACUCGAACAAGGCUCUACCGAUGACCCCAGAGGAAGUCACUUCGCAAUGGCUGGCGGAGGCACUUGGAAUCGAUAUCAAAGCUUCUGAAAUCACUUCCAUGAUACAUGGCACAGCUUCCAAGAUCUUUGUACGUCUCACAUUCGGCGAUGGUGUCAAGACAGAGAUCCCCAGCAAUGUUGUCGUCAAGGGAGGCUUCAACCCAGCAAUCCGCGUGGCGUUUCCCGAGAUGUGGGCGACGUACCGUCGUGAAGCCGAGUUUUACCAGCACGUCGCGCCUCAGACAAAGAUGCUGCUGCCCAGUAUCUGGUUCGCGGGUACAGACGUUGUCAACGGUCAGGGCAUUGUCAUCAUGUCUGACGUAUCAAGCGAAGCUACGUUUGGCACUAUGCUUGAGUCAUGGAACCACAAGAUGGUUGGCGAAGCGUUGAAGCAACUGGCCAGUCUCCAUGCCAAGACAUGGAACUCCAAGGAGGAAGCUUACCCAUGGUUGUUUGGAAAGGACGGAGCCAAGCUGGAGAACCCGGUCAGGAACAUUGUUCUGGCUCUUCUGGAACCUGCACCAUGGGGGGCCCGUUUUGACGAAAAAGCUCGUCCUCCUGUCGCAAAGGAGUUGUUGGAUGCGGAUCGCGUGCGAAAGGCAUUCCAGGCUUUGUGGAAGUUUGCCGAUGCGGAUCAGAAAUACUACUCUCUGAUCCAUGGAGACGAUCACAUCGGCAACACUCUGAUUACUAAGGAUGGCACUCCUGGGUUUAUCGACUGGCAGGGUCUACAGUAUGGUCCUUCGAUUCUCGAUGUGACGUACUUUCUCACGGGCGCCUUGACGGUAGAGGAUCGCAGGCAGCACGAGAAGGGACUAAUUGAGGUUUAUCUUGAUGCUUUGCAUAAAGAGGGAGGGCCUCGAUUGUCAAGAGAGGACAUUUGGGGUGACUAUCAAAGAUAUAGCUUGCAGGGAUUCCUUUGGGCCAUGACGCCUCAGGCAAUGCAGCCGGAUGAGGCCGUCUUUGCCAUGGCUGAGAGAUACUCUGCUGCUAUUAUGGAUCAUAAGACUCUUGAGUUGUUGGGAGUUUAG